AUGCAGAGUCUGUCAUUACCGCGUCCGAAGCCACUCCCAUCAGCGCCGUUUGGGCAACCUACAGGGCCAGAGGUCGGUUUGGCAAAGCUCAUCCCCAAGUUCAGUCCCGACAGGUCUGGACAGCACGGCUACCCAUCCCCUCCCAUGUCAGAGCCGCACUCUCCCUCCCAGCGCCCAGCACGUUCUGUUGAAUCCGAGCGUCUGCAGUACCCGCCAGUAAGUGCACCACACAGGCUCGAACCUGGUCUGCCUCUGCCGCCGCCCUCGUCCGCGCUGUUCAAUCCCCGGCAACCGUUGGCGAGCCAGAGCAAUCUGCAGCAAAGACCGCUGUAUCCUGGCGGACACCACUCGCAACACCAGCACCACUAUCAGCCUGGACCUGCAGCCGAACGUCCACCGUAUGGAGCGCCUCCGGCGCCGCAGAGCUAUGGCUACGGCUAUUCACCCGCAGGCGCAUCUCCUUACAUCCUCGGAGCGCAACAAGCAGGGCCCCAGACACAGCCUGCAGCAAUGAUCGCACCGCCACCCACAAGGCCUGCCAAGCCAGCUCGACGAACAAAAGCUCACGUCGCUUCAGCCUGUGUCAACUGUAAAAAGGCGCAUCUUAGCUGCGACGUCCAGCGUCCAUGCGGACGAUGCGUCGCAUCUGGAAAACAGGACACAUGCAAGGACGUGCUGCACAAGAAACGUGGGCGGCCGCGACUAAGAGACGAUAGGGACUUUAACAGACCGGAACAGGCAAGGCAGCAACCCGAACAGACUCUCGGCUCGAAUCCUCCACCGUCGACAAAAGUUUUCGGGCACCAGGCGCCUUACGCAGCUUCGCAUUCGCAUCGAGUCGCCGAGAUGCCUCGAACAAUGGUUGCACACACAGGAAACAACACUCCCAAUGCAGGCGCAUCGUCUACAGCAGGCCGGACUCUCAGUGUCGGUAGUUAUGGAGGGGUGUCUUCCCAUUACGGCGUGGGACCGGAUUUGGCGUACCAGUCUUUGCCUGUUGCGUUCCUGAAUCUGGACCUAGUGAUCCAGAAGUCGAACCAAGCCUUUCAGGAUUUGACAUCGUUCCUGGGAAGCGUGGGAGGGAAAGAUCUGGGAGAACUUCUCGAACCGAGACAGCACGAAGCCCUGCAGCGGUUGCGCGGCGAGCUUCGCGAAGAACGGGACGAGCGCGAGCCGGCCUACAUGGCGCCCAUCACACCGCUUGGGCACGAUCCGAUGCGCUCGGUCAUGGAGUCUGUGGUCGACCGGGAUGUCGAGCGUGUCAGCCACGGCUUUACAGACAGGCCGAUGUUCCUGAGCUAUCGCCUUCCCAACGGACAGUACCAGUCUCUCCAGACCCAAAUCCGGCUCGCGAAGACGUCGCUGUACUUUGUCACGCUGGUCGUGCGCACACCUCUGUCAAAGCCUCUUGGCCCUCCUCUUCUGGCGCAGCAGCUGGCGCCGCCGACGCCUGUCCACGCGUCGCAGUCGGGUUCGGUACCGACACCUCACUCGUCCAGAACUGGGCAUUAUACCCCUCAGCAAGCGCGCCCGCCCUCGUCAGCAAGCUCUGCACCUAAUUCGCCCUACUCUUUCAACUUCUCGUCAGUCCGCACCUCGCUGCCCAGCUUUAGUCCCAGCUCUUACGCAAGCAGUCCAUCGUAUGGCUACUCUCCCACCGCCGGCCCGGAGACAGGCUACUUCCCUACCUACCACCACCCGCAGCCGGUCGCACAUGCUCCUCCCUAUGCCCCCGCGCCUCGCACCGGGUCAGUAACGUCGGAGCCUCUGCGCGAGCUGAACCACGCGACGCGAAUGGAGGGCCUGCAACUGCCGCCGAUCCGCACCGGCCCAGCACCGCUCGGCUCGCCUCUGCACCUCGCGACCAGCCACAGCGCGCCCGACGGCGACCGCGAGCGCGUGCGCCGCCGCGAAUCGAGCUCCAGCGCAGACAAGCGGUCCGACACGCCGGGCGAGGCGGGCAAGCGUCGCCGGCUCAAUAUUCGAGAGGUGCUGGAGUAG